CUCCACAUAUAGGGUUCAUUAUACCGGGAUAGUGCUAGGAAUACACACAUGUUGUGGCAGUGCCUCGAUCAGCCUCCGAGAGCCCACUUAAUACAGGGUCUCGCCGAGCGCAGCUCGGGAGAGGGAGCACCCGAUGGCGACAGUCUGCGCGGCGCUCACCUCGUCCGUGAGAGUAGGGUUCACCUCGACGAUGUCCACGGCCACAAGGUUGCCGCUCGGCGCCGGCGCCAAGAUCGCCGACAGCUCGUUUGCUGACAAGGGCAAGCCGACAGAGGUGCGCCUGUCUAACAUGAACGCUGCCAAGGCCGUGUCAGACGCUGUCCGCACGUCGUUGGGACCGAAGGGUAUGGACAAGAUGAUCACCACCUCCACCGGCGAGGUUGUUAUUACAAAUGACGGCGCGACGAUUCUCUCCCACAUGGCAGUGCUGCACCCCGCGGCGCGCAUGCUGGUCGAGCUGUCCAAGGCGCAGGACAUCGAAGCGGGCGAUGGAACGACGAGUGUGGUCGUGCUGGCCGGCAGCAUGCUGUCGCAGGCCGAGAAGCUGUUGUCCCAGGGCAUCCACCCAACAACAAUUGCGCAGUCAUUCCAGGCCGCAGCCUCCAAGGCCGUCGAGUUCCUCGAGCAGAUGAGCACCCCUGUCGACCUGAACGACAAGGAGGCAUUGCUGCGCGCAGCCUCCACCUCGCUCAACUCCAAGGUCGUGUCCCAGUACUCGUCCACUCUUGCCCCCAUCGCCGUCAACGCCGUCCUUAGACUCGUUUCCUCCACCUCGAGCAACGUGGACCUUCGUGACAUCCGCUUGAUCAAAAAGGUCGGCGGAACAAUUGACGACACCGAGCUUGUCGAGGGCCUUGCGCUCAAGCAGCCUGCCAUGGCCAACGCCGGUGGCCCGACACGCAUGGAAAAGGCUAAGAUUGGUCUCAUCCAGUUCCAGCUCUCGAGCCCCAAGCCCGACAUGGACAACCAGAUCGUCGUCAACGACUACCGCCAGAUGGACAAGAUCCUCAAGGAAGAGCGCCAGUACCUGCUCAACCUGUGCAAGAAGAUCAAGAAGACUGGCUGCAACGUGCUGCUCAUCCAGAAGUCGAUCCUGCGCGAUGCUGUCACCGACCUGUCCCUCCACUUCCUUGCCAAGCUCAAGAUCAUGGUUAUCAAGGACAUUGAGCGCGACGAGAUCGAGUUCAUCUCCAAGGCGACUGGUGCCAAGCCCGUCGCCGACAUUGACGCGUUCACUGAGGACAAGCUUGGCUCGGCCGAGCUCGUCGAGGAGGACAACUUGAACGGUGCCAAGGUUGUCAAGGUCACCGGUGUCAAGAACCCCGGCAAGACCGUCUCGAUUGUGUGCACCGGCGCCAACGACCUCGUUCUUGAGGAGAGUGAGCGCUCGCUGCACGACGCUUUGUGUGUGGUUCGCUGCCUUGUGAAGAAGCGCGCACUCAUCAUUGGCGGCGGCGCCCCGGAAAUCCACGUUUCGCGGCUACUCUCGCAAUACGCCGAGACGCUCAGGGGCAAGGAGGCGUACUGCUAUCAGGCGUUUGCGGAGGCGCUCGAGAUUAUCCCGACAACGCUUGCCGAGAACGCGGGCCUGAACCCUAUUGGCAUCGUGACCGAGCUGCGCAACAGGCAUGCCCUGGGCGACAUGAUGGCGGGCAUCAACGUGAAGAAGGGCAUCGUGAGCAACAUCCAGGACCUGGGCGUCGUGCAGCCGCUGUUGGUGUCGACGAGCGCGCUCGAGCUGGCGGCCGAGACCGUGGCGCUCCUGUUGAAGAUUGACGACAUCAUCCUUAGCGUGCGUUAGGUGGUAAUGGUUGGUGAGGGAGGGCAUCGUGGUCGGUAGGGGUUGCGGUGGACAGCCGCGCCCAUUGCGCAUAGAAGACAUGCAUACGUGCACCAUCU